AUGGCAACAAAAAAAAGUAGCACAUUUAAGUCGAAAGCACUUGCCACUCGGAAAGUUGAGAAGAGAGCUCUUCUGCCUGAGAUGUUGAAAAAACCGAAUCUUAUGAAUAAAACUGAGUUGAGUACAGCAAAACCUGUGAUUCAAAACAAAUCGGAAUUCAAUCGAUUGGUUACAGGAGAUUUUACUGAACCGUUUUCGAAGCAAACAUCGCGAUUGUUUCGAAUUUUUCUCAGUUCCACUUUCUCCGACUUCAAAGUUGAAAGAAAUGAACUUUAUCGACGAGUUUUUCCAACAAUCAAACAACGCUGCGCUCAACUAGGCUAUGAAUUUCAAGUUGUCGACAUGAGAUGGGGUGUUUCCGACACGGCAGAUGUUGAUCAUACCGCAGAUCUCAUGUGUAUGAAUGAAAUUGAACGAUGCAUCGAUCUAUCAGUUGGUCUUAAUUUUAUUUAUUUGGUUGGAAAUCGCUACGGGUACAUGUACGUUCCAUUAGAGAUCGAUCAGGAUGAAUUUGAGAAAAUUAUCGAUGUUGGUCGCCAAGAGAAAAUCGAUAAUAUCGAUCUUGUACAAAAAUGGUUUCUAUUGGAUCAAAAUUGUCUUCCACCAAAAUAUGUUUAUGUCCCGAUUACGACGCAUUAUAAACACUUUGAAGAACAAUCAGCUGAACAACAGCAGGAAAAGAAACGAUGGCAAACGGAAGAAAAAGCUUUGUUAAAAGCACUACGAGACGCAGUCGACAGAGCAUAUGAACAAAAGCGAAUAUCACAUGAACAAGCUGGCAAAUAUUUCGAAUCAAUUACUGAACGAGAAAUUCGACGAGGAACCAUGGCAUCUAAUACUGCAAAUGUCAUCGGUGUAGUUCGAGAUUUUCUCAAUCCAAUUGUUGAAACACCUGCAGAUGCGAAGUUCUUUGAUUCAGCAAAAAACGAACGUAUAUCGAAUGCAAUCAAUCGAUUGAAAGCGUACUGUGGACAAGUUACACCGCCAGCACAAUUCAAACGAUAUCUUGUUCCAUGGAAACUCGGUGGUUUAGAUAUCAGUAAAGAACAAUCACACAAACAAUAUAUCGAUGAGUUCUGUCAAUUCUUAUCGACAAUGAUAUUACAAAUGGUCGAGAAUACUUGUAGAACAUUGGCAAACAAAACUCUUUCGCCGUUUCACGAAGAUCUCUUACAUCAUGCAUUGUUUUGUCAAGAAAAGAAUCAAUUUUUCUUUGGCAGAGAAGAAUUGUUCUCUAAUGUUCACGCACGUAUUGAAGCUAAUCGACGAAACGUUGCAUCGCCCAUUGCCUUCCUUGCUGAAUCGGGUUGUGGAAAAACAUCAUUUAUGGCACGUUUAGCCCAAAAUUUGCGAGUAUGGUAUCCGACAAGUGCUGUAUUUCUCCGCUUUCUUGGCACGUCUGCGCAAUCGACGACUAUCGAGCUAGUUAUUCGUUCUUUAUGUCAACAGUUGAAAUUCGUCUAUGGUACCGAUGAGGACGAUGCAGACAACAACGAAGACGAUCAAUCAUUGACAUUUGCCUCGUUAGUUCGAAUAUUUCACGAACGAUUACGAUCUCUCUCACGAAAGCGUUCGAAACUUCUUCGUAAAAAAUCAGUAACGCCCAAACCGUUGUUUAUUCUCCUGGAUGCUAUCGAUCAAUUUCAAGAUACAUCUAAAUAUUCCUUUCAGUUCGAAUCGUGGUUACUACGCUAUCUCCCUCAUGAUGUUCAUAUACUCAUAUCAUUUAUUCCGACGAUUGAACGCGUCAAUUUAAAAGAUUUAUUCACUCAAUUCAUUCGUAAUGAUGAAUCAGCAUUAUUCCACAUUCCACGCCUUCGUCCCAUCGAUUUCGAAAACAUCAUUCGAAGUUCACUAGAAGUCAAUCAUCGACAACUAUCAUCGGAACAAUACAAACAUCUAUUGAUGACGGUUGAGCAUAAUCCCAAGCCGUUGUAUUUGAAAUUAUUGUUGGAUAUCGCACGAACAUGGACUCAUUUUGCUGAUGAGUCUUUACAAAUCACCUUAUCUCUUCCUGAAACGAUUGAAAAUGCUGUUGAACAAUUAUUUGCACGUCUAGAAAAUCGUCACGGCAAAGAAUUUGUUCAAUAUUCACUUGCAUAUCUCGUCUACGGGUUGAAUGGUAUCUCCGAAAAUGAAUUAGAAGACUGUUUAUCUAUCAAUGAUAUUGUGCUUAAUGAAAUCUAUGCUCAUCAUGAUCCGCCCAUUCCAAAUGUUGUUCACGUACCGUCACUACUCUGUCAAUCACUACUUUAUUCGAUUAAAGAAUAUUUGAGUCGCAAAAGAAUUCAUAAUAAACAUAUUUUAUCGUUUUAUCAUCGAAAGUUUCUGGAAGCAACAAGUAACCGUUACGAACAUUUACGAAAACAAUGUCACGAACAUUUAAUUGAGAUCUAUUGUAACGACCAAACAGCUUAUAAACGAACAAUAACACUAAAAAAACGAAAUAAUAUGGUUAUACAGGAUGCUGAUCGGUUAAUCAGUUCGCAGACGACCAAUAGUCUUAAUCAAAGAAAGUUAGUUGCUUUACCUUAUCAUUGUUUAGAGUUCGGCUCGGGAAAGGAUAAUAUUCUACGAACAGUAUGUUUUUUUAAUUUGAAUUUUCUCUCGUGUCAAUUGAAAAGCCUUGGUCACACGAUUUUUAUCGAUGCGAUUCGACAAUGUAUACGACUAAAACCUAAUUGGGGCGAUCUACGAUGUCUCUAUCAUGCAAUAUGGUCCAUUGAUGACCAGAUGAUUGCAGAUACGGAUGUAACAUUGAUUAUUUCCGAGCAAAUCUUAGGUUUUAUUGAUGAUCAACAAACAAGUCGACUGUACAUGAAAACAAACGAACUGAAUACCAGUCAAGAGCUUGAAAAACUUUUAAUCGAUUGUCGACAUUAUUGCAGUGAACACGAUAAUUGUUUCCGUUCGUUGUAUGCAAGUUUUCCACAAGAAACAGACGCAUUGGCAUGGAGUUUCUCCUCAGUCACGGAUGUUCUAUAUCUGAACGAAUUCUAUUGUCUCGUCGUUAUUGAUGGAACAUAUGAUACGGAAAAUAAACAGGUCAACAAUCUCAUUCAAACUUAUACUGUCGCGGUGAUCAAUUUGCAUACUGGAAAAGUUGAUAGAAUCGAUUUGGAUGAAACAUUUGACAAGAUAUGGAGUGGAUAUAUCACGAAAAACGGAAAUAAAGUCUACUUGUUUGGUACCAAUGAUCUGAAAGUGUAUAACACUCGCUCAGGCGAUAUGAUAGACGAACGAUUAUUAUCAUUUGACAACAAAUCAUUUUGUAAUAAAGCAUACUGCUUUACCAGCAAUGAAGAACAGUUGAUCUUGGCCAAUGAAUGGCGUCUGAUUGCAACGGAUCAAACAGAAGAAAAUACUAUUUACCGGAGUGCCCGAAUCCCAGUGAAACACUCCUCGUUUGACAUCAAAGAUACUUUAAAUGUCAGUGUAUCACUUCGAUGUGUUGGUGCUAACGAUGAUUAUGUUCUUUGCUUGAUAUUCGAUGAGUGCAAUCAGGCGCUCAUUACUCUCUGGGCAUUGAAUGAACAUGUAGAAAUCUUGAUCAUGCGUUUUGCUUUUCUUGAUCUCGAAUUCACUUCACCUGACUUAUUCGACUUCCCGGUCAAUAACAACGAAAUUCUGUAUCUUGCUACUACUGAUGGUUAUCUUCGUACGUUUGACCUAAUCAAAAUCAAAUCCAAUACCAAAGUUCAAACUUUGACUACUGAGGACACACUCAUUCCACAAGUGCAUAUUCUUCCGAAUGAGGAAUUAGAUCGUCUUGUAUGCUUGUCCAAUGACUUGAUUGCGAUAUCAACAAAGAAACAAGUGAUGCUAUUCGAUCGAAAAGAUCUCUCUACCAUUGUACAACAAAUCCCGAUCAGCGAAUCACGUUAUGCUUGGAAUAUGAUCACACAGGAUGAACAUCAUCAUGUUCUGAUCACAACCGAUGCUUCUCAACAGUUCAUCACUAUCUAUCGUCCAGAUCAAACAUCGAAAUUGAAUGAAAUGCAAGUUAAUUUCCGUGCAAAUGUCCAAGAUCUGAAAUUAGUGCAAACAACAACAAUGAUGGACAACGACGAAAAGAAAAAAGCGUAUGUUUUGAUACUACUCGACGAUGAAACUAUUCAACUACUUGAUACAAAUCAAUUAUCUCAAGCGAGUUUACAACCAACUGGAUUAUUCACUAAAAUUCGCAACUACAAUAUCGGCAGACAAUUCGUCGCUGCAUGUGAAUAUGAUACUCCUCAUCCGAUCGUCAUGCGGUCAACAAAUAAACCGUCACACACCAUCGAAUCUCUUUACUCUCUCGAUAAACUUCAGAUCGAAUCCAUUGCGCUGUUUGACAACGACCAAUAUUAUAUUAUUCUCACCGGUGAACAGAUUGUUUACAGUUAUUCAGUCCACAAUCUCAACGAAUUACUUUUCGAGUAUGAUUUAAAACUCAAAAGUCAAUUGAAAUGUUUCUCAGUAGGAACCUUUCAUUCAAAUCUCAUUAUCUUCAUGUUUAUGAAUGCAUUUAUUUGUCUACGAAUCAAGUACGAUAACAUCGAAACGAAAUUUCACAUUGAGUCAGAACAAAUCUUUCCCAUUCGAAAUCGCAAUGUCGAAUAUUCGAUGGAAUUCACGCCCAACAAGCGCUUUCUCAUUCUUAAACAAUAUGUAAAUCCAACGAACGGCGAAUAUCUGAGUGAUUUUCGCGUAUUCUCAUGCGAUGAACAAGCUCAACUUACAGCCAUCAAAGAACCGAUUACUUAUAUCAAAUCGAAAGUUUCCAAAAGCGGACAAAUCACUUCAUUUAUGACCUACACAUCAUCAAUGACACGCUCUGAACUUUGGGUUGCUUAUCAAGGUUCUAUUUUGCAUGUUCGACUACCGUCGAUUCUAGCUGAACUUGAUGUACGUUCGAAUUUCCAUUCGUGGAUGCGCCAUUCACUUGUUCUAUACAAUCACACAGCGGAAAAGUAUUGCUUAUCAAUUAGUAUUACCACUUUAGCUAUUCAAUCGCCGAAUGAUUCAUGUCUGGCUUCGGGUGCUGAUGAUGGAUCGAUUGUUAUUUGGUAUUUGACAACUGAUCCUCGUUAUGACGUUCUAGAAUCCAUUCAUAACGAUCAAAUUACUGGCUUAAUAUUUGAUUCGAAUUCCAAACGAUUAUUCUCAUCCUCACGAGACCGUACUCUUGCUAUAUGGUCUCCAACAACACUACUUCACGUGCUUCAUGCACAUGUACCCAUUGAUCAAAUUAAUCUCUUCUCUUCUUCAAACAUUCUACUUGCUCACGGUAGAUUCUGGGGCUUCGAUCGACUUCUGAUGUUCUAUAUUGAUAAUUAUUUGCCAUCGAACGCAACAAUACCAAAGGACAGUAUCAAUAAAGAAUCAGCAAAUACGAGCAAUGUCGCCCCAUCUGAAGUUGCAAGCUGGGCUUUAUAG